CGGUGGGAGAAGGAGCAGCAGCAGCGGCCGCCGCCGCUGCUCGGGCAAACAGGGAAAGAAAGGAGAGGGCGAGGAGUGCGGGGGAGCGAGCUCAUGACUCAGUGAGCAGCAGCAGCCCCUUUCCAGCCCCGCGCCCGGCCGAAGUCGGGGCGACCGCGUUGAAUUGUCCCGCAGCCUGUGCCCGGCACCAGCGAAAACAAGAGACCUGCCCUCGCCUGCAGUGCAGCAUCUGCCAUGUCUACAGAAGGGCAGAGAGUUGAUGAUAGUCCAAGCACUAGUGGAGGCAGCUCUGAUGGAGAUCAGCGUGAAGGUGUUCAGCAGGAACAAGAAAGGGAGCAAGUUCAACCAAAGAAAAAAGAGGGCAAAAUAUCAAGCAAAACAGCUGCUAAACUGUCAACUAGUGCUAAAAGAAUUCAGAAAGAACUUGCAGAAAUUACAUUAGACCCUCCUCCAAACUGUAGUGCUGGACCCAAAGGAGACAACAUUUAUGAAUGGAGGUCAACUAUACUGGGGCCUCCGGGGUCUGUAUAUGAAGGUGGAGUUUUCUUCCUUGACAUUACCUUUUCACCGGACUACCCCUUUAAACCACCUAAGGUGACAUUUCGGACAAGAAUCUACCACUGUAAUAUUAACAGCCAAGGCGUCAUCUGCCUGGACAUUUUAAAAGACAACUGGAGUCCAGCAUUAACCAUUUCUAAAGUCCUCCUCUCCAUCUGCUCCCUCCUCACAGACUGCAACCCGGCUGACCCCCUGGUUGGAAGCAUUGCCACUCAGUACAUGACCAACAGAGCAGAGCACGACAGAAUGGCCAGACAGUGGACCAAGAGAUACGCCACAUAGGAACCUGCUGUAGGAUUUCUGGACCUGUGCAAGCACAUUCACUAAGUGCAUCAAUAGCCCUGCCCUUCAUUCUUAUUUUUUAUCCGACUUCCAACCAUUUUGUGACAAGAGGUUGCCCUUACUCUUCCUCUGGGUUGUUUGGGUUUUGUUUGUCUCUGUUGUUUGGUU